GUUCUCUGCUCCCAGCCCACUGUUCAAAUCCAAUCAGUCAAGAGUUAAGCCAAUCAUCAAUCAAGAUCUCUCCUCCCACUGAGGACAAGUGCCUCCAUAUAAAUGCCCUCUUUCUUCUUUGAGUCUAACACUCCUUGGAAGAGCUGGACCCAGUCGGUCAUCCCCUGGCCUUCAGAGUUCCCUCAGCCCCUGAAGUCCAGGCGUCUGGCUGGAGUCCCGAGUGGCCGCCACCAUGCCCUCGUAUCCGCUCAGUGUGGCUGUGGUCUGCAUGAGCAACAUGAACAGGAGCAUGGAGGCCCACCACAUCCUCAGGAGGAAAGGAUUCCGAGUCAGGUCCUUCGGAGCUGGGUCUCGAGUCAGGCUCCCAGGAAGGGCAUGCAACCUCCCCGUGGUUUAUGAUUUCUCCACCACCUAUGAGGAGAUGCGCAAGGACCUUGUGCGCAAAGACCGACAAUGCUAUAACAGCAACGGCAUCUUACACAUCUUGGGAAGAAACAAGAGAAUCAAGCCUCGCCCGGAAAGAUUUCAAGAGUGCCGAGAUCACUUUGACCUCAUCUUCACCUGUGCGGAGAGCGUCUACGACAGGGUGGUGGAGGAGCUGUUGGUCCGAGAGCAGGAGACCUUUCAGCCUGUGCACGUGAUCAACGUGGACAUGGCCGACAACGCGGAGGACGCCACGCUUGGGUCUUUCAUCAUCUGUGAGCUCUGCGAACGCCUCCAGCAGGCAGACAACCUGGAGGACUCUCUGGUCGAGGUGCUCCUGGCAGCCGAGCGGAAAACUGGCAAGAGCUUUCUGCACACGGUCUGCUUCUACUGAGGAUCUUGUCUGCUUGCAGCUCCUCUUGGUACACUCCAGCCUGGGAAGGAAGUGGAGAAGGAAAUCGUUUUCUGCCAAAGUAACGUGAACGCCCUGGAGGCAUCCAAACCCUUCCAUGGUGGGGGACGAUGGUAUGGAUUCUUGACAUGGAAGGAACACUUCAGGGCUCACAGGGCUCUGUGAGGAAGUUAACCUAGAGACAUCAAGAGACGAAGAUUUAAAAUGGACAAGUGAUGUGCUGAAGGACAUUCAGGGAAGAAGAACAAACAAACCCCACACCAUUUCCAUUCCAUCAUUUCUUUUUACUUCAUCAUUUUAAUACAAAUUCCUUUUGUCGUUUUGGUAUUGUGCAUCAGUAUAAAUGAAUUUUUCUUUUUAGUGAGAUAGGAUUAUAUUUAAUAUUUGAACUUUAAAAAUCUAAUUUUAGAUUGUAUAUAUUUUGGUAACUGCUAGUUUCAUAGAAACUCAAGUUUUAUAAUAGUAGGCAUUGAUUGCUAAAAUGUGAGCACGAUCUGUUCAAUUCAAUAUUCAUGAAAUGAAAUAAAAGCUUCUAGUUUAUAGAAAA